GCGGCCCUCCCCGCCCCGCACCGCCGCUCUCCGCUCUCAUCUGGCGCUGCGGGGCCCCGGGAGGCGGCGAACCCCCCCGUUUUCCCCCCGGCCAUGCCCAAGCUGCUGCCGGCUCAGGAGGCGGCGCGAAUCUAUCACACCAACUACGUGCGAAAUGCACGGGCCAUGGGUGUGCUGUGGGCCCUGUUCACGCUCUGCUUCUCCAUCCUGAUGGUGGUGACCUUCAUCCAGCCCUACUGGAUCGGCGACAGCAUCGACACGCCGCAGGCUGGCUACUUCGGCCUCUUCUCCUACUGCAUCGGCAACGCGCUCACUGGAGAGCUCAUCUGCAAGGGAAGCCCGCUGGAUUUCGGUACCAUCCCCUCCAGUGCCUUCAAAACGGCGAUGUUCUUUGUGGGCAUCUCCACCUUCCUCAUCAUCGGCUCUAUCCUCUGCUUCAGCCUCUUCUUCUUCUGUAACGCCGCCACCGUCUACAAAGUGUGUGCCUGGAUGCAGCUGGCGGCGGCCACUGGGCUGAUGAUCGGGUGCCUCAUCUACCCUGACGGCUGGGACUCGAGCGAGGUGAAGCGCUUGUGUGGGGACAAGACAGACAAAUACACGUUGGGCGCCUGCACGGUGCGCUGGGCCUACAUCCUCUGCAUCAUCGGCAUCCUUGAUGCCCUCAUCCUCUCCUUCCUGGCCUUUGUGCUGGGGAAUCGCCAGGACAACCUCCUGCCAUCGGAUUUUAAAGUGGAAAGCAAAGAGGAGGGCAAUGAAUGACAGCACUGAUCACUGUGUGACUGCUACAGUGAUUCUGACGUUUCUUGCACGUGCAACACCACCAGCACGGCUGCAGGAUUACUGGUGCUGUAUUCAGAUGGAGUUUGUUUGGGGCUGAACGGGAAACAGGCUUUGCUUUGCCUCCAUCUGGGAGAAUGUAAAUCCUUGCCAGGUGACAGCAUAAAAUGUGAUGCUGUGCUCUACUCGGCAACAGCGACUUCUCUCCCAGGGCUACCUGGAGCUCUUUGCAUCACUUCAGGAGAUGUGAUUCUUUCGAGUGACUUUUCCUAUGUGUACCAUUACCUCUGGACUUUCUACGGCUUUCAGCUCUCAUGGAAUUUGUGUGAUGGGAAGAGACUCACGGGACAUCAGCUUUUGUUGGUUUUUUUUGUUGUUGGUUUUUUGGGUUUUUUUUUUGAGUCCAUAGGGGGAGGUCUGGGGCCACGAUUUGCUGUCUCUUGGGGUUUGUACAUCUUUUGACAAAAUGACAUCUGAAUUAAAAGCUGG